AUGAGUAACAAAAACAAAUCAAAUAUUCAAAGUGAAUCAAAUGUUCUUCAAGAUAUUGAUAAUCGAGUAAACCAAUUAAAUGAAAAAUUAAUCUCUAACUCAUCUAAAUUCGAUCAACUAAUGCAAAAGUUAUACGUGAAAAUAGAUCGUCUUACUUCUAAUAUCAAUGUCGUAAGUCAUUUAAAGCAAAAAAAUAUUCUGCUAUUAUUUCGUUCAAUUGAAAAUAAAUUACGAGAUGCUAAUCAUUUUUUUCAUUAUUUAGUACCUUUGAAAUAAAAAAAGAGUGCCAUCAAAAAAUUGAGGUGUGUAGAUGAGUACGAAGAAAUUUAUAUGCCCAGGUCGAACAUACACGGUCGUAUACGACGGUAAAUCGCCGUAUUUGGCCGUAUUACAUGGCUCC